AUGCUGCCAAAGAAUGUGCAGCCGAACGUUUUCGCAUGGGCCUGGAAGUUGGCAGAUUUUGUUUUAUCUUUUCAGAGCUUCAUGGAGCUUCGGUCAAGGUGGUGCAGCCGCAAGGUCUCCUUCAGCUCUUCUUUCUCUGGCAUUGGUGCUUUGGAGGUUUCUUUAGAGUGUUUGCAAACAGCCCUUAAUGGUUGCGGGGUGCCAAGCCACUUCCACUCUGUGAGUGCGUGCGAAAUUUCUCCCAGCUGCCGCUCCAUUUUGCGGAAAAGAAAUGCCCAUUUGCAUAUCAUCCCAGACAUUAUGGACAACUUUUUGGGUGAGAUUCCUAAGUACGAGGGCUGCUAUCACACUCUGAAGCAGAAGAUGCUCAGCCUCCGUGUGUGUGAAUCAUGUCCAUGCUGCUCUGGCGAACGACCACAAGCCUUGGUUGAUGUGUCUGGCAGCCCGUGCCAACCACACAGUAGAUGCGGCUCCCGCUUGAAAGAAAACGAUAGCCGUAUAGUCUUUUUGCUCGCGUGGAUGUGUUUGCACAAGCACUUGCGGACGCCGGUCCUCAUUCAUGAAAAUGUGGUUGGGUUCGAGGAACGCUUGCUGACGGAAGUCCUCGUCGAAUACCACUGCUUUCAGUUGGUUUUAGAACCAGCAGACGCCCGCUUCAACCUAAUCAGCAGAAAGCGGGUCUACCACAUUCUGAUUAGGCGUGACAUACAAGUCUUGCAAAGCCCCGUGGAUGUGUUUCGCCGCUUGGCGGCCCUUUUCCGGGCCCAGUCGCCGCAAGACAUUGACUGGACAUGGCUACCGAAACUGGUGUGCAAUGAAGACCUGCUGCAAGAAGAAAAUGCUUGCCGCCGACGGAAACGACUCCCAACUGUUACUGUUGUGUCGCCCGACUGGUCCAUCCUUCUGACCGAGAAGCAGCAAGGAUACCUUGCAGCCGCAGAGUCCAAAUGGCUGGAGAAACAUGGGGUCACUGCGAAAUUUGACAGCAGGUGUGUGGUGUUUAAUUUGGGAGAUAAUUUGCAAGAACGCUCCUUGCCUCGUCCCGGGCCGCUGCCGUGCUUCAAGCACAACAAAGGCAUAUUGUGGGUCCCGCGGCUAAGCCGUUGGCUAACCCAUAGAGAGCGCGCUGCGGCCAUGGGCUUCCCUGUUUUCCCAAAUUUGGCCCGCGAAGCAGGUUGUGCUUUGUCUUGCCUUGAUAUUACAUCGUCACAGGUGGGCAAUUCGUUUCAUGUUGCUAACUGCGGCAUGGUAGUGGUUUCCACCUUGCUUUGCUUACAGCACCCUUUGCCUCCAGACUCAUGUGUUUGA